AUGAAUUGCCCCUCGCGCACCGAUGACACCCUCUUGCACACUGAGUGGAACCAGAACCCGCCAUUUCUUGCUCCGGAUUUGACCACCCGCCAAGACUUGAAUGGUAUCUCGAACGCUCGCGAGAACAAGGACGGGACUGGGAAUGGCUGUAGUCCCGAACAGUCAGUAUCGUGUCUGGAUGAGUCAGGGAGAGAGACUUCGCCGACCAUUGAUCCAGAGAAGAAUAAAACGGGGAACAAUGGGGCGUCACUGACCUUUAAGUCAGGACGCCCCAUUGACCGAGUGACCAGCAUUCAAGCUGGUCGGCCAAUUGGUCAUGGUCAAAAUAACCGUCAAUAUUCCCUUCAUACAUUCAAGAGCUGGGCUUCAUGGCUUUUGUCAGUUCUGUUCACGUCAGCACUGAUUUCUCAUGAGAGUAUUGGGCGAUAUCUGCAAGGCUCGAAGGCUUCCUCCCCCAUCUCCUCCAUGGCGAUGGAGCCUAUUGAAAGAGAUCUACCUUUCGAAAAAAGAGGAACAUGCGCGCAGGGCGGUGUCCGGGGCAGCGACUAUAACCUUCCGUUGCACAUCGGCGGAUUGUUCAUCGUCUUGUCAGUGUCGACACUGGCUUGUGCUUUUCCUGUCCUUGCCAUAUGGUUUCCCCGUCUCCGCAUCCCGUCGUCAUUUUUGUUCUUCGUCAGUCAUUUCGGUACGGGCGUCCUCAUCGCCACUGCGUUCGUGCAUCUACUCCCAACCGCAUUCCAGUCGCUCAACGAUCCGUGCCUGUCCAAAUUUUGGACCACGGACUAUCCUGAAAUGCCGGGAGCCAUUGCUCUCGCGGGAGUCUUCCUAGUGACAGUGAUCGAGAUGGUCUUCAGCCCUGCCAGACAUUGUUGUCGCGGGGGAACUCGUGUUUCGGACCCUCCGCCAUAUCUCUCUGGCAGUGUAGACAAGCAAUCCCCCAUCGAAAGCGUCCAGAUCGCUGGUCGCUCGACUGGUAGCAAUGAGAGGGAGCGGCCUGCCGGCUUAGAGCCCGUGCCUCACCUACGCGAUAUGGGUCCCUUGAUCGGUAGAUCUUCUAGCAUAAGCCGAGCUAUCAACCAAAUGGGCGAAGACCCGGAACGCAUCUGCCGCAUUUCCUCCGCUCCAGAGGUCCCUCAAUGUUGCCAAGAAUCGAAGGUCGAGCCUGUUUCGGAAGACGUGGAGCGCAGCGAGGAUGUCAUUACCAUGAGCCCAGAUCAGAAGCAUCGGAAGGAAGUCAUGCAGGUUGUGCUGCUGGAGAUGGGAAUUCUCUUCCAUAGUGUCUUCAUUGGGAUGUCGCUCAGUGUAUCGAUCGGCAGCGAGUUUGUGAUUCUCUUGAUUGCCAUUGUUUUUCACCAGACAUUCGAAGGACUCGCACUGGGUUCUCGUAUUGCUGCCUUGAAUUGGCCCGAGAAAGCCCUGCAGCCGUGGCUUAUGUCACUGGCUUAUGGAUGCACGACCCCAAUCGGUCAAGCCAUUGGCCUCGCAACUCAUACCCUUUACAGCCCCGACUCGGAAGUUGGCCUUCUCCUUGUCGGUACAAUGAACGCCAUCUCUGCAGGGCUUUUGAUCUUCGCCUCUUUGGUGGAGUUGAUGUCAGAGGACUUCCUCAGCGAUGAGAGUUGGCGUGUGCUUCGUGGAAAGAGACGUGUUUAUGCUUGCAUUAUUCUCUUUAUGGGAGCUUUCUGCAUGAGUUUGGUGGGCGCUUGGGCCUAG